AUGGGAUGUGUAUAAUAAAAUCAGACCAAAAGGUAACAUUUAGAAUCUGCUGAUACCACAUAUCAAGAAAAUAAAUCUCAUGGAAUUGCAUCUAGGUAAUAAAAAUGAUUUAAAUAAGACCAAUUAUUUAAUAAGAAAGAAAAAAGGAAAUUUUUAAAAUAUAACUCAAUCCUAUUGUUUAAAGAAGACUCUCUCCUUAACGACGCAAACAAUCAGACCUUUGA